GGAGGGGAUUAGCGGCCGCAGAGUCGAGGCAUGGGCAUGAACGACUGGCACCGCCUCUCCGCGUCCCCCGCUGAGUUCCACCCAGGCAGCGGCGCCAGGCUACCCCGCAGCUUUAAACACAGGCCCCGCCCCGGCCUGCGCACCACCCCAGCCCCCGCCCCAGCCCGCGCCCCGCCGCCAUCAUGAUCUGCCUGCUGCUGACCGUCUUCGCCAACCUCUUCCCGGCAGCCUGUACCGGCGUGCACGAGCGCACCUUCCUGGCCGUGAAGCCAGACGGCGUGCAGCGGAGGCUCGUGGGCGAGGUCGUGCGGCGCUUUGAGAGGAAGGGCUUCAAGCUGGUGGCGCUGAAGCUGGUGCAGGCCUCCGAGGAGCUGCUACGCGAGCACUACGCGGAGCUGCGCGAGCGCCCUUUCUACGGGCGCCUGGUCAAGUACAUGAGCUCGGGGCCGGUGGUGGCCAUGGUGUGGCAGGGUCUGGACGUUGUGCGGGCUUCACGGGCGCUCAUUGGGGCCACAAACCCGGCUGACGCCCCACCCGGCACCAUUCGCGGCGAUUUCUGCAUCGAGGUCGGCAAGAAUGUGAUUCAUGGUAGCAACUCAGUGGAGAGCGCCCGCCGCGAGAUCGCACUCUGGUUCCGCACGGAUGAGCUCCUGUGCUGGGAGGACAGCGCCGGGCACUGGCUGUACGAGUAGGCGGGUUGCAGCCUCUCGGGCAGAUGCCCCCUUCUGACGUGGAUCUCCAGGCCCCGGAGGUGUGCACACACGUGGGCGCCCCCACCCCCAAGAGCUCAGAACACCCUUCCUGUGGUGGGGAGCACAGCAGCCUUGAGGACCUAGAGGAGGACAGACAGGUGCACGCCUGCCCAGCCCUGGCUGCUGCAGGCCUCCCUGCGGGAGCCCCAGGCUGUGCCCCUGUUCAGUCCUCUUGGAAACGGGGCAGGGCGCUAUCCUGGCGCUUGGCUGGCCCCAGGGUUUCUUUUUAUAAUAAACUGAAGAAAAUCUU